CUACUCGUCAAUCUUCCAUUAUUAUUUUUAUAUAUACAAAAUACUUACACCCCUUUUUCUACUUUCCUAUUUUUUCUUAACUAUACAAACUAUGUAUACAAUAAUACAUAAACCAUUUUUUAUUGUUACCAUAGAGUGAACCCAAAGUGACCCUUCUUGUUUUCUUGAAAGGAAAAACCAUUUCUUGUCAAUAAUAGAAGAGAAAUCUGAAGAUUCCACAGCUAAAAGAAGCAAAAGGGGUGUUUUUUUUUUAAAAAAAAUUAUAUAUAUUUCUGGGUCUAACCUUUUUUUUUGUUAAAAUUUCAUGUAUUUUAAGAGGUGUGAGAUAGACAGGCAGAUCCCCACCGAAAUAAAUUAAUAAAUUCACCUCACCCCCCAUCUUCAUAAAAACCCAUCAGAAUUCACCCUCUUUUUUUCUUCUUCUGUCAUAUAAUUAUUCAUCAGCUGUAAUUGCUUGCUCCACAGAAGAAGAGAAGUGAAAACGAGGAGGGAGUUGUCCUGAAAUAAUUUCAGCGAUGCUAGGCAUGAUAAGUGAUGCUGGAGGUGGUGGUGAAAAUCAAGAAAGAGGUGGUGGUGGUGGAGCAACAAGUGGUGGAAGCAGUGAGAUUGGUGUUGGUGGUGGAUUUAUGACUGAAGAAGAUAAAGCUUUUAGGAAUAUGGAAGAAGGUGAAAGAAAUUCAGGUGGUGGAAAUAGAUGGCCAAGACAAGAAACAAUUGCUUUGCUAAAUAUAAGGUCUGAAAUGGAUGUUGUUUUUAGAGACUCAAGUCUUAAAGGUCCCUUAUGGGAAGAAGUUUCCAGGAAAUUGGCAGACCUUGGGUAUCAUAGAAGUGCCAAGAAAUGCAAAGAGAAAUUCGAAAAUGUUUACAAGUAUCACAAGAGAACCAAAGGUGGCCGAGCAUCCAAGGCAGAUGGCAAAACUUAUCGUUUUUUCGAACAAUUAGAGGCACUCGAAAACACCCCUUCUCAUCAGCAUUCUUUAUUGCCACCAUCUAAUUCGCGUCCCCCACCACCUCCAUUAGAAGCCACUCCGAUAAACAUGGCUAUGCCAAUGCAACAAGCAAAUGUACAAGUCCCUACUUCACAAGUUACUACUACUCAUCAUGUUACUGUUUCAUCCGCGCCACCACCAAAUAAUCCCUUUGCACCUUCUCAUCAAAAUGUUCCGUUAAGUUCCCCUAUGGCACCGUCAUCACAACCAUCGCCACAACAAGUUACCAAUCCUGUUAAUAAUUUGCCAUCUCAUCAAGUGAACACGAAUUUGCCAUCUCAUCAGAAUAUGUCAGCAAUGUCGUAUUCAACUUCUUCAUCCACUUCAUCGGACGAGGACAUACAAACAAGGCAUAAGAAGAAGAGGAAAUGGAAGGAUUUUUUCCUACAGUUGAAAAAGGAUGUGAUUGAGAAGCAGGAGGAAUUGCAAAGGAAGUUCUUGGAAACGCUUGAGAAGCGGGAACGCGACCGAAUGGUUAAAGAAGAAGCAUGGAAAGCACAAGAAAGGGCAAGAAUGAAUAAGGAAUAUGAGAUUUUAGUCCAAGAAAGAUCAAUGGCCGCAGCCAAAGAUGCAGCUGUUAUUUCUUUUUUACAACAGAUAACCGAACAGCAUAACAUCCAAAUUCCAAAUAGUAUCAGUUUUAUUCCUACAUCAGCACAAGUACAAAUAAAAUUGCCCCAAAACCCACCACCAGCACCCGCACCCGCACCCAUACCAACACAUUCUCCUCAACCGCAACAACAAACACAGCCAACUGUUUUAGCAUCAACAGCACCACCACCACAACCACAACCACCUCAACCAUCACCAGCACCUGUCCCAGUAUCGUUGCCAAUGGCCGUACCAGCUCCACUAAUACAGACGUCGCUGCCACAGACACCUCCAGUACCAGCCAAGAACAUCGAAUUAACACCAAAAAGCAACAAUGGGGGCGAGAGUUAUAACACUCCAGCAAGCUCUUCAAGGUGGCCUAAAGCAGAAAUUGAAGCAUUGAUAAAGCUUCGAACGAACUUAGAUGUUAAGUAUCAAGAAAACGGACCGAAAGGUCCGCUUUGGGAGGAGAUAUCAGCUGGAAUGAAGGAAAUUGGAUACAACCGGAAUGCCAAGAGAUGCAAAGAGAAGUGGGAGAACAUCAACAAGUACUUCAAGAAGGUGAAGGAGAGUAACAAGAAGAGGCCUGAAGAUUCAAAAACUUGUCCUUACUUCCAUCAGCUUGAUGCAUUAUACAGGGAAAAAGCCAAGACCGAAACUUCUUCUUCAUCUUCCUUCAACCCUUCAGCAAGCGGGUUCGUGUUAAACCCUGCGGAAAACAACCCAAUGGCGCCCAUCAUGGCUCGUCCUGAGCAACAAUGGGGUCCGCCACAUCAUCAACAGCAACCACAACAACACCAAGAAACCACCCGCAUGGACCACGACCAUGAAAGUGAUCAUAUGGACGAGGAUGAUGAUGAGGAUGAUGAGGAGGAGGAGAAUGCAUACGAGAUUGUUGCGAACAAGCAACAAUCUUCAAUGAGCACUGCCAACACAACCACUACCACCACAGCAGCAACUGCUACAACAACAGUUUGAGCUUAGCACAGAUCUCAAAAGAGAAGUGGGGCAAAAAGAGUUGAAGUUAUUAAACAAAGAAGAAGAAAAAAAGAAAAAAAGAAAAAAAAAAUGGGUAAGUGACUGAACAUUGGGAAUAGCAAGUGGGUCAACAGAUUCUUGCAGGGAAAUUGUCAGAUUGGAUCAGAUCUCAGAAAAUUCCGGUUGGUAUGAGAAGACGGUGACUAUGAGAAAUUAGCUCACUUGGAGGAAAAUGUGUAAGAGAAUUUACACAUCAUUUAGACUUCAUUUCUUUUUUCUUUUUGUUGUUGAAACUAUUUUCUUUUUUUGAGGAAAGGAGCGGGGGUUACGGGGUAUAGUGUAGUUUUUGGUGGUAUAAGUUUAUUUGGACUUCCAUUGUUUAUUUAUUAAUUAUCAAAAUAAAGUUUAUUGAGGAGGAAGGGGAGAGAAGAGGAAAAAAAGGGACAUAAAGGAAGAUUUUUAAAGGAAUAAAUGAAGGGACAAAGUUUGUAAUUUUGUUUAAACUCUUUUUUUCUUUUUUUACCUUUUUGUUCAUGGGUGUAAAUUUGAGAAAUGGUUAAUUAGAGUUACAUUCUUUUC